ACAUUCAAUUGAAGAAAUGUCAAAUUGUCUAUAGCGGUCUGUACAAUUUUAAUUUCUUAUAUGCAGACAGAAAAUCAAUAAAAUGCAUACGUACCUAAUAGUGAUAUAGUGAUAUCUUUCCUUGAUUCACUAAAAAUAUUAAUUCUUUCAAUAUAAUACACCAACAGUUAUUAUAACCUUUCAUGAGUUUUGAUAAGAGUAAACUGACAACAGGAAUGAUAAGAAAUCAAAACAAACAAAAGAUUUUAAGUAAAGAUGAAUAAUUCCAAAUCCGAAAUGAUGAAAAUAGUGCAUCUGGAUAUGAAGGGGGCUCCAAUGAAGGUUGAUUAUUUGGAAAAGGUGUUCCAAGUAAUCAAAUCAUGGGGUGUAACUGGAGUCCUUCUAGAAUGGGAGGAUACCUUCCCCUAUACUGGGGAAUUGGAUGAAAUCGGCAGUGUGAAGAAUGCAGGAGGUGACAACCUGUACAGCUUGGCUGAAGUCACACAUCUGCUGGCUUGCAUCAAGCAACUGGGAAUGGAACCUAUACAACUGGUCCAAACAUUUGGCCACAUGGAGUUUGUACUGAAGCACCCUGCGUUCCGUGAGCUGCGUGAGAUGGAGCAGGCCCCGGCUGUCAUGUGUCCCACCAAGUCGAAGUCCUUGCAGCUGGUGAUGGCGAUGGUGGACCAGGCUUUACAGGUCCAGCCUGAUGCCACCUACUUUCAUAUUGGGGCUGAUGAGGUCUGGCACGCAGGCAUCUGUGCGGACUGCCAGGCAAAGCUAGGAGAGGACAAGAUGACUAAAUCCAAGCUGUACUUGGAGCAUGUGAAGCGGGUGGUGCUGCACGUGAAGAGUCGGGUGCCAAACAUAUCGGUGCUCAUGUGGGACGAUAUGCUGAGACCCAUGGACGCGGAGACUUUGAUAGAAUAUGCAAUAGGCGACCUGGCCAUACCAGUGAUAUGGCACUACAGCACGGUGGAGUGCUUCGGCCUUACGAAGGAAAUGUUCAAUAUCUACACUCAUCUCUUUCCCAAGGUCUUUGUCGGAACAGCCUUCAAAGGAGCUAAUGGGAGCUGCCAGGUAUUAUCGCCAGCGGCCCGCUAUGUAAGCAACCACGAGGCUUGGCUCUCUCAUAUGAAGGAAAACGAACGAGUCAACUUCAUCGGAGUCAUACUCACUGGCUGGUCCAGAUACGAUCAUUACGCCACUCUGUGUGAGCUCCUGCCCGUGGCGUUGCCGAGCCUCGCAAGUUGUCUGAAGGUCCUGCAUAGAGACCAUGACGGCAUUCCUAUGGGGUGCCGUCGCUUCACCAGACGCAGGAUAUGUCGCGCCCGCCCCAUUUCCCUGGCCGGCUCUAACCUGGAUCCAGGUUCUUAUGCUAAACAUGCGUUAUGUGAAGAUAUACUGCCGUCCCAUGAGUGGCCUGGGGAGGAGGUGGCGAGGAGUAUUCACACUUUUGUCAUACUGAGGGAGAGGGCCAUCGGACUCUUAACUAGUGAAAUGGUCCGUACCUGGCUGAAUCCGUGGCAGAUAGCUCGCAGGUACACCGUCCCAGUACAUGUCGAGGGCAUCAGGGUCACUGCACAUCACAUAUUAAGUGAGCUGGUGGUCCUGAAAGCAGACCUAACAAACUCUUUGCUCCGUAUAACGGGAGAACGGAGCACAGACGAAUGGGUGCACUCGUACAUCGAACCUUUGAUCACUAAGGUCACUCGACUCUGCAGGAUUGCUGACGAGAGGGUCGUCUGCGAAGCUGGAGUCAAACCUAUGUAAGGUGAUGGAGAGGAGGCCAAUGGCGGAUUUCACCAACCUCUCUUAUAAUUUAACCCCUUAACCGCCCAGUCAUAGGCGUAGCCGGGGGGGGGGGGAAACCCCCCGAAAAGUAAAAUAAAAUUUAAGUAGCUAGUAACUGGUUAUAUUAACAUAUAUUCUCAUGAAUGAAGGAAGUUUUGUUCGUUUUACUUUCUUGAACCCCUCCCGAUACUAAAACCUGGCUACGCCUAUGCGCCCAGUUAUAUAUCAACUUUCAAAAUCCAUCUUAUGAGAACAAAUACUAGUGUCUCAAUUACUUUGUUUUAAAUAAAUUGAUCUAAUUUCAUUUUAUUUUAAGAUAUCACACGUAUAUAAUUUAACCAAAGCAAAUUAUUUACUAAACCGUAUAUUAUAAUUGUAUGCUAUUUAAAAUUGUUAAAGAAUGUUUUGUCCCUUUCUUGCAUACUCGGUUACUAACUUGUAAGAACGAGAUGAAACGUCCUAAAGCUUUAGUAGGCGUAUUAUUUAAUAGUUGAAGCGUCUGUACUGAAUUAUAUCUUUGUUUUUUUUUAUAUGUGUACCUACUAAAUUAUUUGCUCUCCUCUCCAGCUAGGCUAUUCUGUAACUUUCAAUUCGAAAGAUCGAUGUGAACUCGAUGACAGUCUGCCAUGUAUGUGAGAAUUAUCUCGACCAACGACGAGUUCGAGCUUUGACAAUUCGAAUUGACAUUUACAGAAUAGCUUAGCAGCUAAGCUUUUUAAGAAGAUUCUUUUAUUAAAUGCAUUUGAAUGUAAUGAAUGGAAAUUGUGGUAAUAUGGUCCAUAUUACUACAUGGUUACGUUUUAGGGUCGGUUUAUAUCUGACGUAAAAUACGCCGAGCGUAUUAUUGGUCGCACUAACAUAUUAAGGGUUGAGUGAGAACAAUUUUUUCUAUACAUUAGUCUGUUCUGGGAUUACGCGACAGAUAGUGAACGGUCAAGUGUUUUUCUAUACCUACGUUCUGGCGUUACGUGACUGACAAUACGCAGCGCAUGUUCCGUCAGAUAUGAACCGACACCCUCAAAAUUGAUUUGGAAAGACUGAUAUGACAGUAUCUUAUGUGAUUGGCCAAAGGUAUAUCUAUGUAUAUCUAGGUAAAUACUAAAUGAAGACUGAAGUCCAUCUCUAAAGGUAAUAUGUAAAACAUUUUGCAAAUGUUAUUUACAUUAAAGAAUUGUGUGAAGUGAAGAUAUAUGAGAGUAGAGCUCUUACUUACUCUUACUUUAAUUUGCAAAAGGCUCAUUGCACAAAAUGCUAUGUUUUAUUACUUGUUAAUGCUUUUAGUAUUGUUAGCUUGUUUGAGCCUGUUUCAAUGUUCCUUUAAGAUUUAAAAUAAGUGAAUAAUAUUUUUAAUAUAACUACUAUGUUGAUAAUAUUGAAUGCGUUAUUGAAUAUUGUAUUUAUUUUUUAAAUCGUUGCCAUACACUAGGAUUUUCUCCUAUGUCGACGACAACGUCAUAGUUUCCUAUUUUAACACUAAAAAGCUAUUAAAAUACUUCUUUGUGUUCAAUUAUACAGGUCGAUACUUAUAAAAUCAAAUUAUAUAAUAUUUCAAUUAUAUUGUAAACUUUAUUAUACACUAUAGCUGAAGAAUUUGUUUGUUUGUUCAUUUGAACGUGCUUAUCUCUGGACCCACUGGUUCGAUUUGGAACAUUCUUUUUGCGUUAGAUAGUCCAUUUAUCGAAGAAGGUUAGGCUAUAGAAACAUCAUGCUACGAUUAAAAUGAUCUAAGCAGAGCGGGUGAAACCGCGGGUGUGUACCUAGUUAUUGAUAAUAAUCCUCUUUUAGGACAAAAGUAAAAAAAAAAUAUUUUCCUGUUAUCUAUUGACUCUUUAAAUUUUAGAAUCUUGAUAUAAUGUAAGUAACGUAUCUCAAAGUCAACUGCACAGUUAAAUCGUAGGUCCAUAUUAUAUAGCCUACACUCCUUACGAUUGUUCUGUAUAUCCCAGUAAACUGCACAGUUAAAUCGUAAGGUGUUUAGCCUCUAUAACGUAGACAAAGUCAUAUAUCUAUCAACGAUAAUAUGUGUUUAAUUUUUAGCUGAAGAGUAGAUAUAAAUGAAAUUGUCAAUAUUCAAAGUUAUUACUUUAGUAAAAUAUAUCUGGCGCUGAACAAAACAGGCCUUAAUGUACCUAAUAGUAGAUUUUACGUAAAGACUUGAGUAUGCAUCGUUACUCUGAUAGUAUUACCUAUUUAUACUUUUGUUUUAACUCAGUGUUCAGUGUCUAUAUUGAAAGUGGAAUUAAUUUAAAUAAAUGUUUCAAAAAUAA